GAGAGAGAGAUUCCCUACACAAUGGCGGAAAAUUGAAGGUAUGUCUGCGCGAGAAGCCUCGGUUCCUUAUCCGGGGACUACUUCGCCCCCUGCCAUUGGGCCACCGAGUCACGUGGUAAAAGUAACUUUACAGGGUCGCUCGCUAGUAGGAGGGCUUUAUGGAGCAGAAAAACGACAAAGCUAGAAAAAUUAUUUUCCACUCCAGAAAUUAAUGAUCAUGAGCUCGUAUUUGAUGGACUCUAACUACAUCGAUCCGAAAUUUCCUCCUUGCGAGGAAUAUUCGCAAAACAAUUACAUCCCCGAGCACAGUCCCGAAUAUUACAGCCGCGCCAGGGACGCGGGCUACCAGCAUCACCACCAGGAGUUGUACCCUCCGCGGGCAAGCUACCAGGAGCGCCAGUAUAACUGUGCAAGCAUCCCCGAGCCCGACACGCAGAGGGGACAUGGACUACCUCAUUCGGGCCACCUGCUCGGGAAAGGGCAGCCCGCCUCGUGCGAGCCCCCACAGUUGCCCCUCUCCCCGGCCACCCCGCCGGCCGCCUCCUCUGCCUGCAACCAAGCCACCCCGGAGCAUCCCAACAGCGCAGCCUCAGCCAAGCAGCCCGUGGUGUACCCGUGGAUGAAGAAGAUUCACGUCAGCACCGUGAACUCUAAUUACAAUGGAGGGGAGCCCAAGCGGUCCCGGACCGCGUACACCCGCCAGCAAGUGUUAGAACUGGAGAAGGAAUUCCACUAUAAUCGCUACUUAACGCGGCGGCGGCGUAUCGAGAUCGCGCACUCCCUGGUUCUCUCCGAGAGGCAGAUCAAAAUUUGGUUUCAGAACCGGCGGAUGAAGUGGAAAAAGGACCACAGGCUACCCAACACAAAAGUCAGAUCCUCUUCGUCCUCUUCCUCCACGGCCAUGUCCUCCGGCUCCAACACGGGCUCAGCGGCGGGCGUUGUAGCGGCUGCCUCAACCAGCAACACCAUGUCAGCCAACGAGGUGCUCUCUGGAUCCGAGCGAGGAGAGGAUAUUACGAGGUUAUAAGAAACCCUACCCCACGGAGAAGGAAGGGAAAGAGCUCAAAAAUGACUCAUUAUUUAUAGAACAUAAUAUAUAUUUUUUGUUUUCGUAGGUAUCUUGUGCGUCUGAAAGGGUUUGCUUUAAGUCCACAGUUAUAUAAAAUGCAUGUUAUAUAGCAUGGAUUAUUGCGAAUACCUAUUAUUUUUACGCGAAACAGGGUUUAAUUUAUCCAAACUGAAGACAGGAUUGUUUGUUUUUUCCUUUUUUCCAGAAGAAUAUUGUUUUCGGACGAUGCAGGUUAUGGACAUUAUAUUCAAAUGUUAUUGAGGGCCUGUCUGUGCCCAAGCUGCCAAGGUGAAGUGCACAAUUGUUCUAUUUAUUUCCACACUCUUGAGACUGAAUGGGGGGGGGUAGUUUUCCUUUUCUACUGUAAAUGAAGAACACUAUCGACGACAUCUUGAAACGUCUUUGUUGAUCUGAAAACAACAUGCUGUGAGUUCACUGUCGUAUGAAAAGGUUAAGAUUUUAAAUUAUCAUUUAGUUCUUUUUGUUGUGAUGGCGUUGUGUUUAGGCUAUUAAAACCAGAUUAUUGUGAGAUGCAAUAAAACGAGUUUAGUGUAUUUGUGAUAAUCAUAUUGGUGAAUAAAAGUAAGUGUCUAUUAGUUUUA